AUGUGGCUCCUUGCCUGUCUGUGCCUUGUGCUGUGUUUUCUGGGAGGCGUGAGCUGCACCUGUCCUGCGCAGUGCACCUGUGACCAUCAUGGCAGGAAUGACGGCUCAGGAUCAAGGUCAGUGUUGUGUAAUGACCUGGACAUGAAUGAAGUCCCUACAAACUUCCCCGUGGACACCGUGAAGCUUCGAAUAGAGAAGACUGUGGUCCAAAGGAUCCCCACAGAGGCCUUCUACUACCUGGUGGAGCUGCAAUACCUCUGGCUUACUUACAACUCAGUGGCCAGCAUAGAACCUGGCAGCUUCUAUAACCUAAAGCAACUGCAUGAGCUGCGUUUGGAUGGCAAUUCUCUGACUACUUUCCCUUGGGCGUCUCUGCUGGACAUGCCGCACCUGAAGACACUGGACCUGCACAAUAACCGAAUAACCCGUGUGCCAAAUGAGGUGGUCAGGUAUCUGAAGAACCUUACCUACUUGGAUUUGUCAAGCAACAGAAUAGCCACACUGCCACCAGAUUUCCUGGAGAGCUGGUCCCAUUUAGCUGUGACACCUUCUAGAAGCCUGGAUCUUCCACCAAGAAGAAUUAUUCUUGGGUUACAGGACAACCCUUGGUUCUGCGACUGUCACAUUUCCAAAGUGAUUGAGUUGUCGAAAGUUGCUGACCACGCCGUUGUACUUCUUGACCCUCUGAUGGUCUGCAGUGAACCCGAGCGCCUCGAAGGAAUCUUGUUUCAGAGGGCGGAGCUGGAACAGUGUUUGAAGCCGGCAGUGAUGACCUCAGCUACCAAGAUCACAUCUGCUGUGGGUAGUAAUGUCCUGCUGAGGUGUGAUGCCACUGGCUACCCCACCCCACAGCUGAUGUGGACCAGAUCCAAUGGCUCACCAGUUAAUUACACAGUAAUCCAGGAGUCUCCAGGAGAAGGAGCCAGAUGGUCCAUCAUGAGCUUGACAGGCAUCUCCUACAAGGAUGCUGGGGAUUACAGAUGUAAAGCCAAGAACCUAGCUGGGACGUCGGAAGCUGUGGUGUCUGUGACUGUUGUUGGCACCGCUACUACCACCCUAUUACCAGACACUUCAGAAAGGAAAGCCGGAGAGCACCCUGAUGAGGAUCCUCCGCCGGGAGCAGGAAGCAUGCCACCUCUACGUAAGUCAAGGUUGCCACCCGGCCUCUCUUCCACUUCUUCCUAUUCCACUCCCUCACCUGCUCUGUCUACGUCUCCACCACCUCCUUCUUCCUUCUCUUUGCCUCCUGUCUUCUCUGUUGCUUCUGCACCCACGAGUGUAAAAACCAGCAGCUCGGAAAGCACCGUCAGGACAAGCCACCAGCCACUCCUGCUCCACCCCGGCGGGAAAAGUCACGCAAAACUAGAGAAAAACGGAAGUAAGUUUCCGCCCGUCAGCGCGAGUAAGAAAGAGGAGUUGGCACUGUUGGAUCAGGCGAUGCCCACGAAAACAAAUGUCUCUAUAGCCGACCUCAGGGUGGCCAGCGAGACUGGAGUGAGCGCGACUUUGACAUGGAACAUCUCCACACGGGGGGCUGCUGUGACUGUGCUGUAUUCUAAGUACGGAGAGAAGGACCUGCUGCUAGCGGAUUCAGACUAUGGUGAGAACCAGGCAACCAUACAUGGCCUAGAACCCGGCAGUCAGUAUGUGGCAUGUGUCUGUCCCAAAGGAGUGGCUCCCCGGAAGGACCAGUGUAUCGUGUUUUCUACCAACGGAGUAGAAGAACGUGACUCCCAGUGGUCAUUCCUCAUCGUGGUGACCAGCACUGCCUGUGUUAUAGUUGUGCCCCUAAUUUGUUUUUUAUUAUAUAAAGUCUGUAAACUUCAAUGUACAUCAGACCCUUUCUGGGAAGAUGAUUUGGCGAAAGAGACAUAUAUCCAGUUUGAGACUCUGUCACCCAGGUCACAAAGUAUAGGAGAGCUGUGGACACGGAGGCACAGAGAUGACACAGAGAAGUUGCUGCUGUGCUCUCGGGCAAGUGUGGACACUCAGCUGAACUCUAAAUGUGACGGUUGUAGACCAGAAUACUAUUGCUGAGGUUGUGCAGGUGCAAUGAAUGUGAGCCAAGAACCGAGGGAUCUAAUGCUGUCACAGACCCUCUGUUGGAUGACUUUUGGACAGACUUUGCUAUCAUCUGUGAGAAUCACAAACACUAUUUUUUGAUGC